AUGAGUGAGCUUCAGGAGAAGGAAGCCCAGUGUAAUCCACGCGAAGAAGAGGAAAACGAGUUUUCGGAUUUGUCUGAAAAUUCUGAAAAUCUUCAAAAUGACACGGAAAUUGUGGAAAUGAUGACGUCACGGACUUCUAAAUUUUGGCUCAUUGCUCCGAUUUUCAUUGCAUUCGUCUUGUAUUUUGCUCUUUUUGAGCUCAAAAUUAUUGAAUUUUUGGGAUUUUAA